UCCCUGUGUGCAUCUAACCCCCAACAAAAUCAAAGAAAUCCCAAACGACGUCGUUUGGCACCCUCUGAAUAUGUAUAUAAGUUGGGCUUAUUAUUCCAAGAUAUUUUGUUCCAUUGAUCAGUUUCCACUAUCAUUAUUUGCCCAUUAAAAAUCAAUUUUUAGCUCUCAUUUUCAUUUUUUUGCAAUUCCUCCACACACACCAUCCAAUUCCCGUCUUUGAUAUUUUAAUCACAGAGAGAGAAGAGGGUUUGUUUCUGGGUUUUGGAAAUUUCAGCCCCCAUCAAAGAAGAAGCCCCAUAAUCUUCGAAUCGAAGGCAUUUGAUUGAAAGGUCGAAACUUUAGCAUCUGGGAUCGCGCAAUUGGGGUUUUUUUUGGUUAAAAGGGUAUCUUCGGAAUUCAUGGCAAAACUGUACGUGAAGGCGGUGCCACCGGCGGAUCUGAACAGGAACACGGAGUGGUUCACGUACCCUGGCGUUUGGACCACUUACAUCCUCAUCCUUUUCUUUUCUUGGAUCCUCGUUCUCUCCGUCUUCGGUUGCUCCCCCGGCAUCGCUUGGACCAUCGUUAAUCUCGCACACUUUGCUGUAACAUAUCACUUUUUUCACUGGAAGAAAGGAACUCCAUUUGCAGAGGACCAAGGGAUCUACAAUAGAUUGACUUGGUGGGAGCAGGUAGACAAUGGAAAGCAGCUUACUCGUAACAGGAAGUUUCUCACAGUUGUUCCUUUGGUGCUGUACUUGAUAGCCUCACACACAACAGACUAUCAGAAUCCAAUGCUGCUCUUCAACACUGUUGCAGUGAUUGUGCUGGUUGUUGCAAAGUUCCCCCACAUGCACAAGGUCAGGAUAUUUGGAAUCAAUGCUGAUAAGUGACAUGUUGCAUGUGUCCGUGACACUUGGCUACCACCACCACCUACCUGCUCAAGAGCCUCUUGUCCUUUUGUUCUGGAGAAAAGGUCACACCUUUGUAUAGAAGGCAGAACUGGAAGGAUACUCAAGUAAUGUUUUGUUGCCAACUGCUUCUAAGGUAUUAUUAAACAAAUAAAUAUGUUGAGUUUUUUUCUGUACAGUGGAAAAGUAUAUGUAUCGGAUUAUAUCGGUGCUUUUAAAAUGUACCUUUUCUAGCCUUUUUUUCCCUUUAUUUGAUGCCUUAGAACUGAGAUAUACAAGGAUGAUCCUUUCCGUUACCAUUAAAAUUCUAUUGGGUAUAA